AUGGCCGCCGCUGCAGUUCAAACACCAUUCCGCCCCGGACCCCCGGGCCAGCCAGACAUUGGCUACACGCCCAACCUUGAUAACUACCUAGCAAGAACCAAGCGUCGCCAAGAACAGGAGAAGUUGGACAACAAAUUGCCCGAAGGAUUUCCUCAAAAGCUAGAAUCUGAGCUGGUUUGGGAUGGCAACACCCUGGCCGAAACCUAUGACUGGAACUACGUCCUAACAGAUGCGGACAAGAAGGAGGUAGAUGAGGCACUGCAACACUUUAAAUCGCUUGACAAACCUCUUGGUGAAAUCAAUCAAGAGACUUUCCCUCUGCCUAAUCUCCACAACAACCUCCGUGAAAUCUCAAAUGAGAUCCACAACGGCCACGGCUUUAAAGUCGUUCGUGGCGUUCCCGUCACCAAGUACAGCCGUGAAGAGAACGUUAUUAUUUAUGCCGGUAUCUCAUCUCAUGUGGCACCUGUUCGUGGACGACAAGACAACCAAUUCAACGGCGAGCCUGCGGAUGUCGUCCUUGCUCAUAUCAAGGAUCUUACUAAAGUUGUCGACGCCCAUAGAAUCGGUGCUCCGGCGUACACUACUGAGAAGCAGGUUUUCCACACCGACGCAGGUGAUGUGAUUGCUCUGUUCGCUCUUGGUGAAGCAGCGGAAGGUGGCCAGAGUUACCUUUCGAGCAGCUGGUUCGUGUACAAUGAGCUGGCCAGAACUAGGCCUGACUUGAUCCGCACCUUGGCGGAGCCAUGGAAUGCUGACGAAUUCGGCAAGGAUGGUAGAACGUACAGCACACGACCCCUCCUACACUUUCAGCCAUCAGAAGACGGCAAGCCUGAACGUCUCGUAAUCCAAUAUGCCCGCAGGAGCUUCACCGGCUACUGGGGCUUGCCACGAUCAUCCGACAUUCCACCAAUUACCGAGGCACAAGCCGAGGCUCUUGAUGCGCUUCACUUUGCGGCUGAGAAGUAUGCUGCAUCUCUCGACUUCCAUCAGGGAGACAUUCAAUACGCCAACAAUUUGAGCAUUUUUCAUGCACGAGGUGGGUUUGUCGAUUCUGACGAGAAACAACGCCAUCUCGUUCGACUUUGGCUUCGCGACCCUGAGAAUGCUUGGAAGACGCCUGAGGCUCUGAAGGAGAGAUGGGAUCGCGUAUACUCCGGUGUGACUCCAGAGAAGUCUGUGUUCCCCCUUGAACCGCAGAUUCGGAGCGCCAGCCGAGGCGAAUUUAAGCCAGAAGAAAAUGCGGAGGGGAAGGCUUAG